UUAAGUUGGUAAAUUUAGAGACCGAGCUCGCCGCAAGCGGGGUCUAAUGGGCAGCUAAAAUUAUCUCGAAAUAAGAGAUUUUUGCCCCCUGUCCUUCCAUUCCUCGAAUAAUCGCCGGGUGGGGAAGUGGACGUCACUGCUUUCGGAGCGCUUAGAAAAGUCGGUCUGUCGCUGGCCUUCCCGCGCGGUUCCCGCCUGCAGACGGGUGGGUGCUGGAAGGGCGCAAGGCUGCAGGGGCAGACCCUCGUUUGGAUGGAAGGGGCUUAAGAGAAGCUGAAGGCUUCGUGGAGUGGGAGCCUCCAAUUCAUCACCCCAUCCCUUCCAAGCUCAGGCUCGCACAAAACACACGGGCGCACACACAACCGCCCGUCCCUGGGUCCCCUGACUCCCACCCCACACCUCUCUGGCUUGAUCCCCCUGCACCGCCGGCUGCGCCCUAGGAGCUGGUCCUGGAGCGGCGAGCACCCUGGGGAGCGGUACCCGGGGCACGCUCGGGUGGCGGGGAGGGGGUAGGACCCUCCGGUGGGCUUGGUAGCGAGUGGGAAGAGGUCUGGAGCGGGAAGGUUCUAAGGGGUUUGCACAUUAAACCCCCAGCCGCCUUGGGGAAAGGGGCAAGAAAGAUCCUUCCGCUUUGUAAAGAAAAACCUUAAAUAAAAAGCAAAAAGAAGAUCAAAAAGAAUUUUUUCAAGAAAAGGAACAAAUAAGACAGGCUGAAGGCAUGAACGUGUGAAGUGCAGUGAAAAGUUGAAUAUCUCGUUUUUGUUUUUUUCCUGGAUCUCUAAAAGGGAGAUCGAGGGGGCAAACCUAGGUAUACAUCCCUUGGAAGUUGGGGGUAUUUUUCUUUAAGAGCGGCUAUGUGAAAUGACCCAGUCCCCUCACUGGCCCCGGACCCCAGCUGGAGGGGCGCUGGGGCGCAGGCGUGCGCGGCGGGCGGCGCGCGGGGGCGGACGGCACGGCGCCGAAGGGGUUAAGGCGCUGAGCGCGGAGCCAUCUGGCCGGGUUGGCUGGUUAUAACCGCGCAGAUUAUGUUCGCGGGACUCAGAGUUGAAGGCUCCUCUCUCUACCGAGCAGCUCCGCGCGCGGCCCCCGAGAGAGCCCGGCGCAACUACUUUCUUCCCUCGCCUUUCUUUCUCCUGGUCUUUUUGUCCCCUGCUGGGGGGUGGCGGCAGCGGAGUGGGGGAGACUUUGGAUGACCGAGCUCGCGUCCACCUUUCUCUUCAUGUCGACGUCCCUGGAAACAGUCACACGGAUGCCAUGGUUACUUCUGCCACGAUCUUACAGGUGAACAAGGUGAUGUCCAUCUUGUUUUAUGUGAUGUUUCUCGCUUAUCUCCGUGGCGUCCAAGGGAACAGCAUGGAUCAAAGGAGUCUGCCGGAAGACUCACUCAAUUCCCUGAUUAUCAAGCUGAUCCAGGCAGAUAUUUUAAAAAACAAGCUCUCCAAACAGAUGGUGGACGUUAAGGAGAACUACCAGAGCACCCUGCCCAAAGCAGAGGCCCCGCCCCGAGAGCCGGCCAAGUCGGAAUUCCAGCCGGUGACGGCCAUGGGCCCCGAGCUGCUGCGGCACCAGAGACGCUACAACUCGCCCCGGGUCCUGCUGAGUGACAGCACCCCCCUGGAGCCCCCUCCCCUGUACCUCAUGGAGGAUUACGUGGGCAACCCCGUGGUGGCCAACAGAACGUCGCGGAGGAAGAGGUACGCGGAGCACAAGAGCCACCGGGGCGAGUACUCCGUGUGCGACAGCGAGAGCCUGUGGGUGACCGACAAGUCGUCGGCCAUUGACAUUCGGGGACACCAGGUCACGGUGCUGGGGGAGAUCAAGACCGGCAACUCCCCCGUCAAACAAUAUUUUUAUGAGACGAGGUGUAAGGAGGCCAGGCCUGUCAAGAACGGUUGCAGAGGAAUCGAUGACAAACACUGGAACUCGCAGUGCAAAACCUCCCAAACCUACGUCCGCGCGCUGACGUCAGAAAACAACAAACUGGUGGGCUGGCGGUGGAUCCGGAUAGACACGUCUUGUGUGUGUGCCUUGUCCAGGAAGAUCGGAAGAACAUGACUUGGCGUCUCUCCCCAUAUAUAAAUUAUUACUUUAAAUUAUAUGAUAUGCAUGUAGCAUAUAAAUGUUUAUAUUGUUUUUAUAUAUUAUAAGUUGACCUUUAUUUAUUAAACUUCGGCAACCCUUACAGUAUAUAAGCUUUUUUCUCAAUAAAAUCCGUGUGCUUGGCUUCCCUCA